UAUCUGUCAUAUGUUGCGGUUCGGACCGGAAUAUCCGUCCCGAGGGACCCGCCCAUUGGGCGGUAACGAGGCUUGCCGAGUUACCGCCCAUGGGCGGGUUCCCGAGGGACGGAUAUUCCGAUCCGAACCGCAAUCAUAUGUCAGAUAUUUUUCUUGCAUAUUCUGCCAUAUUAUUUCAUAUUUAAAAUGGUUUACCUCAAUGCGAUAUAUGUUCAUGAAAAUUAAAGUCAUUUCAUCCAUUACUAUUUUCUUACAAUAGCGUAUGAACUUACAACUUAAAUAACAACAGUGAAAUGACGUCAUCAUAAGCACAUAUUUCCCUUCUAAAAUGACGUCAUUUUAACGCAAUUCAUCCAUAAAGUGCGGUAAAAUGACGUUGUUGUUUGGCACGCGACUCAUCUGGAACCCCCCCCCCCCAUGCGAGAUGAAAUUUCUGGCAUGGGUAAAACUCACGGAAACGCCAGUCUGCUAUGCAAGAAGAAAAAGUACAAAAGAUCCGUACGUCAGAAUAUGGAAAUGACGUAACAAGUGACCAAAACAUAGGGAAAAGUUAUGUUAACGGAAAACUGCCAGAAGUCAGAGCAAGUUUAAAUGGUGAUAGACAUAUACCGGAAAGCAGUAGAUUUGAGGAAAUGUUGAAAGGUUUAAACGACAAAGUCAAAAAUAAAGAAAUUAACAGCAAUAACGACCUAUUUAGAGAACAAAAUGCUCAAAAAAGAAAUAUAGAAACAUCUAGAGACCAGUAUGACCAAAACAGCAAAAUAGAAAUUUCUAGAGAUUUGUUGGACCAAAACAUCGAUGAAGACAUGUCUAGAGCCCGGUUUGAACAAAACAGCGAUAAAGAAAUUAGAGACCAGUAUGACCAAAACAGCAAAAUAGAAAUUUCUAGAGAUUGGUUGGACCAAAACAAGGAUGAAGAAAAGUAUAAAGACCUGUAUGACCAAAACAGCGGUGUAGAAAUGUCUAGAGUCUGGAAUGACCAAAAAAGGGAUGAAGAAAUAUCCAAAGACCGGUUUGACCAAUUUUGCAAUGAAGAAAUGUAUAGAGAUCGGCAUGAGCAAUACAGCAAUGACAGAGUCUGGAAUGACCAAAUGAAGAAUGAAAAUAUGUGUAAUAACUAUUUCGAUCAAGAAGUGUCUAGAUAUGAGAACGAGCAAUUAAAAGAUGAAGAAAUCUCUACAAACUGGUUUGUCCAAAAUAGAAAAGAAAUGAUUUCUAAGGACCUGUUUGGCCAGUACAUGAAUAAAGAAAUAUCUAGAAACUGGCACGACCAGUACAAUACUAAAGAAAAGUUUAUGACAAGAGACCAGUUCGGCAAAUACAGCAAUGAAGGGAUAUCUCAAGCUCAGUACGACCAAUACGAUAAUAAAGUAAUGCCUACAGACCGGUACGACCAAUACGGUAAUAAAGUAAUGCCUAAAGACCGGUACGACAAAUACGGUAAUAAUGUAAUACCUAAAGACCGGUACGACCAAUACGGUAAUAAAGUAAUACCUAGAUACCGGUACGACCAAUACGGUAAUAAAGUAAUGCCUAGAGACCGGUACGACCAAUACGCUAAUAAAGUAAUGCCUAGAGACCGGUACGACCAAUGCAUGAAUAAAGAAAUGUCUAAAAACCGUUACGGCCAUUACAGCGAUGAAGGAAUGAUUCAAGUAAGGUACGGUAAAUACGACAAUGAAGAAACUUCUACAGACGAAUGCGAGCAAUACAAAAAUGACAGAACUUCUAGAGGUCAUGGACAACAAUAUGACGAUAGCAAACUGACACAAAAUAGUUCAGACAAAUUGGGGCCAAACAACUAUGGAGGGAGAAAACAUACACUUACUGAAACGGUGCAAAAUAAUGAUUGUAAGCUGCAAGCUGUUAAUGUGCCUGAGAAAACAAAACAUCUCAAAGACACAGAUAACAGUUUCAACAAGAAACAAAGGAACCUGGCAGAGACAUAUGACUACCAGAAAAUAGAUCAACAUGCUAGACAGGCUCCAAGCCAUUUGAACAAUUCUGCAGAAGAACUCGUAGCAUAUCUGUCAUCAUUUUCAAACGAUCCAAGAAUGCUGGCACGAGGGUUUUUUGUCUGGAUCACAGAAAACAUAGAGUAUGAUGAUGAUGGUUACUUUGGCAGAGCGAGGUCAGCUUCAAAUGAUGCCGAAUCAGUGAUGAAGACCGGCAAAAGUGUGUGCGAAGGAUAUGCUAGAGUGUUUAAUCUGUUAUGCAGCGAAGCCGGAAUUCCUGUAAAGAAAGUAUCUGGAUUUUCGAAGGGUUAUGGCUAUUCACCUUCCAAACAAUUCACUCUCUACACAAGGACAGAUCAUGCCUGGAAUGCAGUCCAACUUGAGGGGAAAUGGUAUCUAUUGGAUAGUACAUGGGGCGCUGGACAUCAUGAUAGAAAGUCUAAUAUGUUCAAAAAGAAAUUCGAUGACUUCUACUUCCUGACAGACCCAAAGCAAUUUGUUUCUGAUCAUUUUCCAUACAUGGAUGAUAACUUAAAAGAAAGUCAGAAAUGGCAAUUAUUAUCCAAACCGAUAAGCCUGGAAGAGUUCAAUAUUAAUGUCAAAUAUAGUCCUCAAGCAUUCAAAAUAGGAGUACGGGCGGUUAGUCACACUACCGCAUAUUUUGAAAUGAAAAAUGAAUUACAUAUGGAAUUCAAAAGUGAUAAAAGGAAAGAUAUCACAUUAAGUUCUGAGUUAGUGCUUGAAACAAGAAGGUGGUUAAAAGUACAAAGAAAUGCAACAUUUGACAUCCAGGAAAAUGGUGUCCACAAGAUUUUAGUACAUCCACGACAGCCAGGUGAUUACCAGUUAUCCAUAUUUGGUGAACUUACGUCUGAUGAUAAAAGUGAUGGCAUUCCUCAAAUAAUUAAAUACAAGUUCAAGUGCAUUGAAGUUGAGGACAAAAACCAUGAAUAUCCAAAAACAUAUGAAGCGGCAUCUGAUGAGAAAUGCAUUCUACAUGAGCCUCUGAAAGGAAACUUACCAGAAAACACUGAAAUUCAGUUUCGUAUCACAGCGCCUUAUCUACAACAUAUCAGAGUAGAAGAUACAUACCUUGAAAAGCACGGAACCCUGUUCUCUGGAAGAGUGACUUCACCUCCAAAGGGGUAUCGGUUUACCAUGUAUGGUAAAAAGGGAGAAAAAUACGGCAUUAGUGAUGCUUUAUACGCAUUUCACAUAACUUAAGUUGACCACAUUGCCGAUUCCAAAUACCGAUGCGAGACGGCUCCACGUUCUUAUGUAUAUAUGUAUAUAGACACUUAAAUAUUAUAAACAUUAUUUUUUUAGCUUAAGAAACUUUAUUUUCCUACAUAAAUAUGAUAAUAAGAUAAUCUCAUCUUCAGUUUCUAAUUUUGUAUUUUGUGUUUGUAUGUGCAUCAAUGUGCAAGAUUAGGUGGCAAUGCAUUUAAACUACAUAUGAGCCGCGUCACGACAAAACCAACAUAGUGGAUUUGCGAUCAGCAUGGAUCCAGACAAGCCUGCGCCUCCGCGCAGUCUGAUCAGGAUCCAUGCUGUUCGCUAUCAGUUUCUCUACUUGUAAUAGGGUUUGUAAGCGAACAGCAUGGAUCCUGAUCAGACUGAGCUGAUGCGCAGGCUGGUCUUGAUCCAUGCUGGUCGCAAACGCAUUACGUUGGUUUUGUCAUGGCGCGGCUCAAUUAUCUUUGAAGAAUUUCUUAAUGUUAGACAAGAGGCUGGGAACAAUCAAAAAGGUUAAUAACUAUCAAAUGAUAUAAAUAAUGUAAGUUGAUUUAUCUUUUAAGAAAUAAAUUGUUUUAAUUUUUUAGGUAAUUAAUGCUUGACGGCGGUUUCAACGUCUAAAAUUGUAUAAAACUUGUUUGAAAAGUUAACACCGCUGUCCAUGUCACACGAAUACCGUAAUUUCUUGCAGCCUUAGUAAAUCACUUUAAGCUUAAAAUCUUAGUGGUAUUGUUUACAUUUAUUAAUCUGUAAGUUGUCUGUCGAAAGCUACAAUAGUAAUAUGUACGUGCAGAUCCGUCAGCACAUAUAAGAAAUGAAAAGGGAAAAAAAGAAUUUAAGAAUCCCUUUGCUACAUAACUAUAACAAAAUGUGAAUGUUGAAACAAACAUGUUAGCCCCAAUGUUCAAAUCGUUGCCUGUCGGUAUGGUUACAUUUCAUAAAGUAGAUAAGCUGUAAAGGUGUCCUCGCAUGAAGACCUUAUUGCCAGGUAGUGCUGUGGUUGAGUUCAGGUCCACGAUAGUGUAGGCGGAGAACACCAGUUCCAUCCGAUCUGAAAACUUUUCUUUAAAUUACAUUAUAAUUUAUAUUCAAUUCAUUUUGCAUAAUAAAACACUUGAAUACUACCUAACUUUAAAGCUGCAUGCCUCCAGAUGAGUCAAAAUAUUUCAAUAAAAUCAAACUUAUACUAUGAUUUUAGGAAACGUAAAAUGAUUCAAGAUUCAAGUAAUAUUUUACAUGUUAUUUGCGGUUAAUGACUGAUUUUUUAGUAUUUACAACUAUCUUUCUACUGCGUAACUAACGCAAUAAGGAUUAUUUAUGCAUAUUUUGACCACUUUUUGGUAUUUAACAUGGCUUGUGAGUGCCAUUGAUAAUGUGCAAAUGGCUUCCAUUUGGUUAUUUCACAAUAUAAUACAUUCAAAUACAUUUUCAAAAUUUUCAUGAAAAUUAGAAUGAAUCUGGAGGCGUGCUGCUUUAAUUAAAGGAACAUCUGCUAUGUAAAGCUAUUUUUGUUAUCUCCCUUAAUCUGCCAUUCCUUGAGAGUAUUAAAGUAGUCACCCUAUCUUUUUUGUUAUUGUUAAACAUUAGACUUCUCCAGUUAUACCUUGAAAAUUAUUCGUAUGUUUACUGAAAUACAUGUAGUAUAUUCAUUUUGUUUGAUACGUUUUUCGCAUCAGGAUAUUGUGAUAUGAAUAUGUUUAAAAUAUUGAUUGUUAUUAUGACUAUUGAGUAGUAAUCGUCAAUUCAAUACUACACAUGUAUUUUUUUGUCCAUUUGCCCUUUUAUAUCUAUUUUUUUCUUCUUUUUUUUUCUCUUUAACAUCAAACCUACCAAUCUAAAUUCAUUUUUCACCAUCACAAUCGAAUCACAUUGGUCAAAUACAGAGAAUAAAACUAUUUUUGAAAGUAAGAUCAGCUUUCUCUCUUUGUUCAUACGUUUUCGCAAUACAUGUAUAUAUAUCAACAUAUAUAAUAGUUUUGGCUCUCCACGUACUUGAUAAUUGAAAGUAUUCAAAUCUAUCAUUUUAAUAUCAAAUCAUUUAUCAUUAUAGUUGUUCGCUAGCAUGUUAAGUAACUGCUAUUUGAGCCUCAUUGUACUUUUAGUCAUGUUUGUCACCUCAUUGUGUCAUGUUUGUACAUGGAAUGAGAGAAAUAAAUGUUUUUGACUUGACUUGACUCGAAAAUAUUUCAUUAUUUUCGGAAAUUGCACAUCUAAACGGCUCGAAUGCCCCCUUUACUAAUUACAAAAGACUCGUGCACUAUUGCCGCCAAAAACAUAACUUCCGAUCACUUUAUAAGG